UCGGUGACAGAAGAAGAACUGAGUGCAGCCAAAAAAUGCUGGCGAGAUGGUGUAGCUAAAUUACCAGAACUUAGAGAGAGAAAACAUCCAAUUUUGCCAGUACCAGGGGAGAGGAAUAUAAUGAUAUGUAGUGCCGAACCUUAUGUGAAUAAUGUACCACAUCUAGGUAAUAUUAUUGGUUGUGUAUUAAGUGGUGAUGCCUUUUCCAGAUACUGUCGACUGCGGAACUAUAAUUCUGUGUAUUUGUGCGGAACUGAUGAAUAUGGUACAGCAACCGAGAAUAAAGCAUUAGAAGAUGGUGUAACACCACAAGAAAUUUGUGAUAAAUAUUAUAAGUUACAUACAGAGAUCUAUGAUUGGUUCAAUAUAUCUUUUGAUCGUUUUAGCCGUACAACUUCUACUGAACACACCGAAAUUGUUCAAGAUAUAUUUUGGAAGUUAUAUAAUAAUGGUUAUAUCAUAAAAGACUGGGUAGAUCAAUUACAUUGUGAUAAUUGUAACAGGAUUUUAGCUGAUAGGUUUGUCAGUGGUAUAUGUCCUUUGUGUAGCUAUGAUGAUGCUAGAGGUGAUCAAUGUGAUGGCUGUGGUAAAUUAAUUAAUGCUGUAGAAUUGAUCAACCCUAAAUGUAAAUCUUGUACCAACAUCCCAAAAGUAAAAGCAACUCAACAUUUAUUUUUAGAUUUACCCAAGUUAGAAUCUGAGUUUAGACAACAUAUAGACAAAGUUUUCGACAAUGGUAUAUGGUCACAAAACGCUAAAGUUAUAACUAAUUCAUGGAUUCGAGAUGGAUUAAAACCAAGAUGUAUUACCAGAGACUUAAAAUGGGGUAUACCAGUACCAUUAGAAGGUUUUACUGAUAAGGUAUUUUAUGUGUGGUUUGAAAUAACUAUUGGUUACGUCUCUAUAGCUGCUACAUAUACUAAAGAUUGGGAGAAAUGGUGGAAAAAUCCUAAUGAGGUUGAGUUGAUUCAUUUUCUGGGUAAAGAUAAUGUGCCAUUCCAUAGUGUUAUAUUUCCCUGUACAUUACUAGGAGCUAAUGAUAACUUUACAUUGAUAAGUCAUAUGUCAGCUACAGAAUUUUUGAAUUAUGAAGAUACAAAGUUUUCUAAAAGUCGAGGUGUGGGUGUAUUUGGUGAUAAUGCUCAAGAUACAGGAAUACCAGCUGAUAUCUUUAGAUUCUAUCUUCUGUUUGUUAGACCAGAAGCGCAGGACACUGCAUUUAGUUGGGAUGAUUUUUUGUUGAAGAAUAAUAGUGAACUGUUAAAUAAUUUAGGAAAUUUUAUCAACCGAGGACUGGCGUUUGUAAGUAGCAGUUUUAAUGGCACGAUACAAGAGAUAAACUUAACAUCAGAAGACUUACAGACAGUGGCUUUAAUUAGUAGAGAAUUAACUAUAUAUAUACAGAAUAUGGAACAGGCAAAAUUACGUGAUUCAAUAAGAAAUGUAUUAAGUAUAUCAAGAUUAGGAAAUGAGAUGAUGCAGGUCAAUAAACCAUGGGUUUUGGUAGAAGGUACACCAGACGAAAAAGCAAGAGCAGGAUCAGUUGUAAGUUUAGCUGCUAAUAUUGCAUGGUUGAUUGGAGUACUGUUACAACCCUAUAUGCCUUCAACUAGUGAAAUCAUCUGUACACAAUUAAAUGGUAACCCUAAAAAUAUGGUGAUACCAACUCAAUUUAUACCAGUGUUGAAAACUGGCCACAAGAUUGGAAAACCGACUCCGUUAUUCCAGAAAAUAGAGGCCUCACUUAUCGAGAAAAUGAAGAAAAAAUUCCAAGGAAAACAGGAAAAGGUGGGUAGAAAUGAUUUUCUCUCUGAAACUCUAUGUGUGAAAUACUGA